GUUUUACAUUUCUGUUCACACUAUCAUAUCAAUCAUGUCUACCGAAGAACAACAACAAGGCGCAUCCUGCCUCCCCACAGAGCUCCAACCCGACAAGCCCACUUCCUCCGUCUUUUCCCGCUCAGAAGACGCCCCCGUGCACAAUGUCCCUAUGAGAGUCAUCAACCGUCCCCUUCCGUCAGAACUCGACGAAGACAAGGUGCAGGCGUUCAUGGAUGAGAUGAAGCGCGGCGACGCAUUCACCCCGAUAGAAGUUGUCAAAGUCAAAGCUCCGCUCAAGACCGACCCGACAGGCCCAGCACAGGUAUUUUACUUUGCGAUGGGUGGGUGUCAUAGAUAUGAGGCGACCAAAAGGCUGGAGUGGGAGACGAUCAGGGCGAGGAUCAUCGAGGUGCCUGCUAGCCAGAUGAGAGUGUAUCUAGGGGCGGGCAGUCCGUUCUGAGUCGUGGUAUGAUAAAGCAUAGAGCAUAGAUGCAUGGUGUUGUCAGAAGUCUUCUUUUGUGCGAUAGCGGGUUAUAGCUCAGGCUGCUCAUAGCAUGCAUGGUAGUAGC